CUUCUCAGUCCUUCUCUCUCUCUCUCUCUCUCUCUCGUUCUAAAUUAUCAACGUUCAUCUUAAAAUCUCUGUACUCAGUCAGUCAUGUCUGUAACCUCCUAAAUAUAUUUGGAAAUAAAAAAUGAAAAUUCAAAAACAACCCAACCCACCCUCCAAUUAACUUAUUAAUCUCUCUCUGAUUUUGGACCCCUCCCACUUCUUCAUUCAUCCAAUUCAAGCAUUGAUAACCCAAAAAUCAAGGGAUUUUCAUUCCAGUCCUUAAUCUUUUUUUUUUCUUCAACACAAUCCAUUCUAUUCCUCAGAAUAACUUUUGUUGUUUCUGAGGCCAAGCCCCCCUUUUCUCAACCCGUCUUCUCUCUCCUUCCUCGUCUUUCUCUGCUCAACUAGCCGCAUAAAGAUCCGUGUUCUGUGCUCUGUUUUUGUCUUUCUUUGCGUUUGUGUUUGUGUUUGUGGGUGUGUUUUCUUCUUUCACUUUUGUUAUUUUGUGUUUUCCUUUUGUGCUUUCUUUUUCUCUCUAAUGUGUUGUUGUCUGUAAUUUUUCAACUUUUUCAGCAACCCAUUUGCGAAAAAGCUUCAGAAUUUUGAUUUGGUUUAUCAGAUUUGAAGAAUUCGCUGAGCCAUUCACAAAUGUGGGUUUUUUUUGUGUGUGACAUUUUGCUUUUAUGAAUUGUCCUAUUUUUUUACCCAUAUCGAAUCAUUGGAUACCCAUUUCCAAAAGAACCGAAAUUUCAGCUUUUGAUCAUCGAAUUUCAGGUUCCUAGCCUUCAAAAUUGACCAUUUCAUGGUUUCAACACACUGGGGAUUCCUUAUUUGAUCCAUUAUAUUCUUGAUCUAUUAUUGUAAUAUCAUAAGAUGUAUGGAACACAGAGCAGAAUAGACUUGGCCUUGGAAUAUCAGGCUCAAAUCCCCAUUCUGAGGCCAAGCAUUCAUGCCAGAAGGGCAAACCUGACUGUAAAAUUUCAAGAUAUUUAUGGGUUCAUGGUAGAAGGCAAUGUUGAUGAUGUUAAUGUAUUGAAUGAGGUUAGAGAGAAGGUGAGGCAACAGGGUAGGGUUUGGUGGGCAUUGGAGGCUAGCAAGGGAGCCAAUUGGUAUUUGCAGACUCAUGUUUCUUCUACCCUCAAAGCUUCCCUUAGAUUUUCAGCUUUAGCAAAUGCAAUUACGCUCAAGAAUCUCAUAAGGAAGGGAAUUCCGGCGGUUUUACGGCCUAAGGUCUGGUUUUCGCUCUCCGGGGCGGCUAAGAAGAAAUCUACGGUGCCUGAGAGCUAUUACAAUGAUUUAAUUAAGGCUGUCGAGGGUAAGAUCACGCCCGCUACAAGGCAGAUUGAUCAGGAUCUACCACGAACAUUCCCUGGUCACCCAUGGUUGGACACUCCAGAUGGUCAUGCCACUCUGAGACGUGUUCUUGUGGGCUAUUCUUUCCGUGAUUCUGAAGUUGGUUAUUGUCAGGGUUUAAAUUAUGUUGCAGCAUUGUUGCUGCUUGUGAUGAAAACAGAAGAAGAUGCGUUUUGGAUGCUAGCUGUCCUCCUGGAAAAUGUCCUAGUUAGCAAUUGCUAUACAAAUAACUUAUCAGGGUGCCACGUUGAGCAAAGGGUGUUUAAAGAUCUUAUAGUGAAAAAGUGUCCAAGGAUAGCCGCUCAUUUGGAAGCUUUGGAUUUUGAUGUAUCUCUUGUUACCACUGAAUGGUUCUUAUGCCUCUUUUCCAAGAGCUUGCCUUCAGAGACUACUUUGAGGGUGUGGGAUUUACUAUUUUAUGAGGGAGCAAAGGUUCUGUUUCAUGUAGCUUUGGCUAUUUUCAAGAUGAAGGAAGAAGAGUUACUUAUUGCAUUUCAGGUUGGGGAUGUAAUUAAUAUAUUACAGAAAACAACCCAUCACCUCUUUGAUCCUGAUGAAUUAUUGACGGUUGCUUUUGAUAAGAUUGGGUCUAUGACAACCACCACUAUAUCAAAGCAAAGGAAAAAACAGGAACCAGCUGUCAUGGCAGAGCUUGAUCAGAGAUUAAGACGACUCAAUCCUGAGAAGGUUAAUGACGAUUAAGCAAGUUUUUUCUUCUUUUUUUUCCAUCAAAAUUAUUUAAUUGUAUUAUGUUAGAGAUGCUAGAAGGGGCUUGCUGCCCCUCUUAGAGAAUGGGAUGUUGGAAGUAUGCUUUUUUGCUCCCUGAGGGGAAAAAAACCCAAGCGAGGGAGCGCCUGUUGUUUCUUGUUGUAGGCGAUAAAUGUACAUUUUUUUGGGAUUAUUAUAAAGUUUGAUCGCAGUGCAAUCCAGGGCUUGCUGGAUUUGUGGCCUUUAAUUUG